GGUCGCAAACAGUACGACUGCUCUGCAUCUGCCCUCAUGUCAAUACUGGCGCUAAGAUAGGGUACAAGCCAAUCAGCAGCCACGGAGCUUUCUCGAGGGGAGCUCCAAGAGAAUGGAGUGAAUGCAGUCAAGCUGGUGAGGAGUACACCUUCUAUUUGUUCAACAAACUGUACAACAAUCAACGAUACAAAACCCUACCACGCAGACGAAUCCGUUAUUGCAACUCCAGUCCAGUAUUCAAACAUCUACCCCACCUUAGGGUUUCGCCACAUCAUCACCACUGCACUCCUAUCCAGUUCUUGAUCGCGUGCCUUGAGAUACCACUUGCACAGUCUAUACAGCUACCCACCGAGUGUUUGUUUGCGCCCGAACGGCAAGCCGCUCGAUACCUCACUAAUGUCCUCUCCGUCAUGGGAUUACAUUGCAAAACUCGUCUGUAUAGGCGAUAGCGGAACGGGCAAAUCUUCACUCACGAUACGUCUCUGCGAAGGACGUUUCUCUCCGCAUCAUGACGUUACGAUAGGAGUUGAGUUCGGCUCUCGAAUAGUCCCCGUAGGACCACCAAACACUCCUGUCCCAGCACCAAAACCUACCGUACGCGAUCCUACCCUGCCAGAAAUAUCAGAAGGACUCCCAGAGCCACGGCGAGCAGAGCCUAAAAUAGAGCAGAAGCAUAUGAAACUGAGUCUUUGGGAUACGGCAGGCCAGGAAACAUACAAGAGCGUAACGAGGAGUUACUUCCGUGGUGCUUCGGGAGCGCUGCUAGUGUUCGAUAUCUCGAGGAGGCCGACCUUCACACACGUCACGGACUGGCUCAAUGACUUGAGGCAGAUUGCCGAACCUGAUAUUGUGGUUGUACUGGUGGGGAAUAAGAGUGAUCUGGCGUCUGGGGAUGAGAAUAAGAGAGAAGUUACGAAGGAAGAGGCUGAAGAGUGGGCAAAGAAGAAUGGAGUGUUGGAAUACGUGGAAACGAGUGCCAAAAGUGGAGAAGGAGUUGAGAUGGCUUUUGGCAGAGUUGCAGAGAGAAUAUAUAUGAAUGUCGAGGCAGGGAAAUAUGACUUGAAUGACAGGAGGUCAGGAGUCAAAGGUCCUCCAACUGGGGCCAACAAUCGAAGUGGUGUUAAGUUGUCGAGAGAUACCCAAAGGACUUCGGGAUAUGGCUGUUGUUGAUACCAAUUGUCGUUUCAACUCGGACGAUGCUUCGAAGCCACGGUGGGGCUUUUAACAUGCUGUGCUGUAUAUAUUGCAUUCAAUGGCGUCGGGAGCAAGCUAGAUACACCAAGCGCUAGGGUGAAUUGCAGGAAUAUGAUGGGAAUUCGUUUACCAUUUGAAGUUUUCAGAAGGAUAUAGUGUGCUAUACUAGAGAGUCGUUUCAGGUGGGCACGAAGGUUGGUCCGACGUCCUUCACUACCUGUUUGUUGACUAUUUAGUUGUUGUGUACUGAAGCGACCUCAUUCAACCCUGGUUGCUGAUUUUGUGCCGGGAACAUCUCGAUGAUGCUUCGAGGACUCCCAAUCAAGGGCUACUCUUCAAUACAAUAUGAGUGAGCUCAGCCGCUGGAGCAUCAUCAUUACUUAUUUGUGACAGAUCGUUCUUCCGUUGCAAUAUUUCUUGAUAUCAUUGUCGGUUAUUGAUGAACUUUGCUCCUUUCAAGCUUCCAGGCCAGCUUUGUAGAAUAUCACUACAUCUUCAUAACUUAAACGAUA